AACCAAUCCAUAACUUAGGGUUUUCUCGCGCUGUUUUACAAUAUAAGUGGAGGCGCCCAUUUCACUGUGAAAUUGGCAGCAAAUACGAGGUAGGAGAAGAUCCCCGUCGUCCGCCGCUGUAAACCAUGAAGCACAACAAUGUUAUUCCCAACGGACACUUCAAGAAGCAUUGGCAAAACUAUGUAAAGACUUGGUUUAAUCAGCCUGCACGGAAGGCCAGGAGAAGAAAUGCAAGGCAGCAGAAGGCAAUCAAGAUCUUUCCUAGGCCCACAGCUGGUCCACUUCGUCCAGUUGUACGUGGCCAGACCUUAAAAUACAACAUGAAGGUCAGAGCUGGUAGGGGAUUUUCACUAGAGGAGCUUAAGGCUGCAGGCAUUGCAAAGAAACUUGCACCAACUAUCGGUAUUGCUGUCGAUCACAGGCGUCGCAACAGUUCCUUGGAGGGUUUCCAGAAAAAUGUUCAGAGGCUAAAGACAUUCAAGGCCAAGCUUGUUGUCUUCCCAAGGCGUGCUCGCAAGGUUAAGGCUGGUGAUUCUUCACCUGAGGAAUUGGCAACAGCCACCCAAGUCACGGGUCCUUUCUUGCCGAUUGUAAGUGAGAAACCAACCAUUGAGCUUGUGAAGGUCACUGAAGACAUGAAGUCAUUCAAAGCAUACGACAAGCUGCGUCUGGAGAGAACAAACGCACGCCACGUUGGUGUUAGAGCCAAGAGGGCAGCAGAGGCUGAGAAGGAAGAGAAGAAGUAGGGAAAGUUUGUGUGAGUUUUUGAUUCUGCAAACUGUUUAAUCUGUUUUGCGUUGGGGCUGGACCAGCAGGUCUUGAUUUGUUUGAAAAUUUUCCUAGUAUUAUCGUUUGUAUGAAUUUUCAGAGACUGGGAAUAUUUCAUCGUUUCACA